GAAGGAUACAGUAAGCUUUAGACCAAACAGUCUCUCAACCUUCAUCUUCUUCCUCUUCCGUCUUCUCCACCAGAACUGCAAACAGGCAAUAAACAUGGAGAACCUAACCCUACUUUCCUCUUCAUCUUCUUCCCCAAAGCUCUUAAUCGGAUGCAAUUUCACUUCCUCGCUUAAAACCCCAGUAGGGUUCUCGCGCCGGACUCCGAAAAUCACCCUCCGCUGCUCCAAAACCUCUGCCUCCGCGCAAUCUCAAUCUCCGGAGAAAGCUGGAGAAACUGUGGUUGUGAAGCACAGGAGGAGCAAAGCUUUUGCGAGCAUUUUUUCUUCGAGUCUUGAUCAGCAGACAACCUCUGUUGCUUACCCUAGUGCAGCAGUGCCGCCACCGUCUUCAUCAUCAUCAACCAUAGGAUCACCACUGUUCUGGAUUGGUGUAGGUGUUGGUCUAUCAGCUUUGUUCUCAUGGGCUACUUCAAACUUAAAGAAAUAUGCAAUGCAAACGGCUAUGAAGACAAUGAUGAACCAGAUGAACACACAGAACAGCCAGUUUAACAACCCUGGAUUCCCUACAGGACCAGGAUCAGGAUCGCCUUUUCCGUUUCCAUUUCCUCCUCAGACAACUCCUACUCCCUCGCCGUUCCAAUCUCAAUCCCAGUCUUCAAGUGCUACUGUUGAUGUGACAGCGACGAAAGUAGAUACACCUCCUUCCACUAAGCCGCAGCCUACUCCUGUAAAGAAUAUAGAAGUGGAUAAGCCAAGUGUUGUUUUAGAGGAAAACAAACCCAAGAAAGAAGAAAAGAACUACGCCUUUGAGGAUGUUUCUCCUGAGGAAACCGCUAAGGAAAGUCCAUUUAGCAACUAUGCAGAAGUCUCUGAAACCAGUGCCCCCAAGGAAGCUCGCUUAUUUGAGGAUGUUUUGCAAAAUGGAUCUGCUCCGGCGAAUGGUGCUACUGCUUCAGAGGUUUUUCAAUCUUUGGGCGCUGGGAAAGGAGGGGCUGGUUUGUCAGUAGAAGCUUUAGAGAAAAUGAUGGAAGAUCCAACGGUUCAGAAGAUGGUUUACCCACAUUUGCCUGAGGAGAUGAGGAACCCAGAAACUUUCAAAUGGAUGCUUCAAAAUCCUCAAUACCGUCAACAGCUACAGGACAUGUUGAAUAAUAUGAGUGGGAGUGGUGAAUGGGACAAGAGAAUGACGGAGACCUUAAAGAACUUCGACCUGAACAGUCCUGAAGUGAAGCAACAGUUUGAUCAAAUAGGACUGACACCAGAAGAAGUCAUCUCUAAGAUAAUGCAGAACCCUGACGUUGCAAUGGCAUUCCAGAAUCCUAGAGUCCAAGCAGCGUUAAUGGAAUGUUCAGAGAACCCAAUGAACAUCAUGAAGUACCAAAACGACAAAGAGGUAAUGGAUGUGUUCAACAAGAUUUCGCAGCUCUUCCCAGGAAUGACGGGUUGAGACUAAGCUCACGGUCUUAUGGUUUGAUCUCAUCUCCGUAGGAUCAAGUCUCCUGUCUUUCUUUAGCUUUCUAGGAACGCAAAAAACAUAAAAACAAAAACAUGUUUUUUUUUUUUGUCAUCAAAGAGAUGCUUAAGUUUUGCUCAGAACAGAGACACAUAGAUUGCGAUGUGUAGUUGUAUAACCUCCAAACUUAUUCAUCUAUCAAAAUAACGAAUUUGAUU